AUCAUUUUAAUCUCACUGUGUAAAGACCUUUUAGAUUAGAUUAGAUUGUGACAUACUGUAUUGAGCAGGACGUUUUACUGUGCAUGUUAUUCACAUAAAAAUCUUACAAAGGAUUUGUGAUUUUUCAUCAAAUAAACAAACAAAGGUUUGGUAACAUAAAACACGUUUUGUUCUUUUAUAACAGCAGAACCACCCAAAGCCAGACUGACAGCAGGUCCAUCAACCAUAUCAGUAGGAGGCAGCGUGACACUGAGCUGCUCUGUGGACGGUUCUGAUGGAUGGAAAUAUGACUGGUACAGACAGACGUCAAACGAAUGGACAGAAGCAGCUGAUGGAGACAACAAAGAAAUCAGAGUCACACGAGGAGGAAAAUACAUGUGCAGAGGAAGAAGAGGAGAACCAGCUGUUUACACUUAUCAAAGUGAUUAUGUCACUAUCAAGAUAACUUAUUCUAAUUCUGUGUCUGUGAGUCUGCAACUGGACUGGACUCAGGUGAUCAGAGGUCAGAUCACUGUUAGAUGUGAGAUCCAGGGAGGUGGAGACACUCAGUGGGUUUAUGACUGGGAAACAACCAGUGGACAAACAAUCACACAGAGAACAAACACUAAUCCCUGGACAAUGUCUGCGUUCAGCAGUGGAGGCUACAGGUGCAGAGCAACAAACAGACAGGACUCAUAUUCUUCAACACAGUGGAGUGAAGCUGCUGCACUGACAGUAUCAGGUGCUGUGUUGACCAUUGACCCCAGCAGGUCCAGGUAUUUUACUGGAGAGUCUGUGACCUUCACAUGUGACAUGAAGGACGGCAAACGCACAGAGUGGGAAACCAGACUCAUUAAAGAUGGAGGAGAAAUAGCUUCAUAUAGUGAAUACAGAAUAAAAGCUCUGUCUACAGGAGACAGUGGUAGAUACCAGUGUUUUAGAGUCCACAGGAAAACAAACCACAUAAAAACCAGUGAAACCAUCAAGUUAAUUGUAUCAGAUAAACCCAGAGCCUCACUGACAUCAGACAACACAGUCAUAGCAGCAGGAGGCAGCGUGACACUGAGCUGCUCUGUGGACGGUUCUGAUGGAUGGAGAUACGACUGGUUCAGAUCAGCAGCUCUGAUCAGAACAAACACUGAAUCUAACAGUAUCAGAAUCACAGAUGGAGGCAACUAUUACUGCAGAGGAGGAAGAGGAAACCCAGUUUACUACACACAGAACAGUGUCUCAGUCACUGUUGAGGAAACAGAUAAAGCCCAGUGUGUCCUCACAGCGUCUCCAUCUUGGCUGAGUCCUGGAGCCUCAGUAGCUCUGAGCUGUGAGGUUGAGCCUCCAUCUGCAGGAUGGAGGUUCUACUGGUACCAGACUGUUCCUGAUGGCUCACACAGCUCCUACAGAUAUGAGCUGCUACCUGGUAGUGAGCAUGGGACUGAACAGGGCUCCUACAUGCUUGAUGGACACACACACACAGCAGGAUAUGUGUGUAGAGCUGCAAGAGGAGAACCAGUGUAUUACACUGACUACAGCAAAGCAGCAUUCGUCUGGUCUGGAGAUGCUGAUCCGUCAGCGUCUCUCACGGUGAGUCCUGACACAGUUCAACACUUUACCGGUGACUCUGUGUCACUGAGCUGUGAGGGAAACUCUGCUGAGUGGAGAGUCAGGAGGUUUCCUGAAGGAGGCUUCCUGUCAUCCUGCUCCAACUGGACAACAUCUGGAUCCAGAUGUGACAUCAACACAUCACAGUCUGGUUCUGCAGUGUUCUGGUGUGAGUCUGGAUCAGGACACUUCAGUAACUCAGUCAACAUCACUGUUCAUGAUGCAGGUUUGAUCCUGAUGAGUCCUGUCCGUCCUGUGACUGAGGGACUCUCUGUGAGUCUGAGCUGUAAGUUGAAGACAGGACAAAAAGCUUCCAGUGUGUUUUUCUAUCACAAUGAGCAACUGAUCCAAAACGACAGCAGAGUAGAGCUGAACAUCUCUGCAGUGUCAAAGUCACAUGAAGGUUUCUACAAGUGUUGGUACCAAGGAACAGAGUCUCCACAGAGCUGGAUGGCAGUGAACGGAUUCUCUCCUGAAGCUCCAUCAUUUUCUGCCUCCUUUACUGUUGGACUGGUUGUUAGACUUUCAGUGAUUGUUUUCCUGCAGCUGCUGCUGUUGUGUGUUUGGAGAAACAUGAAAGCACACAGAAGUGUGAGCACUGAUAAAAGCUCUGCUACACAGCAAACAGUCAACCAGCUUGAACCUCAGCUUUACUCCUCUCUGCUCCACGAUGAUGUUUGUGUCUAUGAAUCAGUCGGAGGCUCUUGAAACAAUGAUGGUGGUACAGUAUAAUAUUUGAUUAAUGCAGAGAUUAUAUGACACUGAAAAAGAUGUGACUUGAUGAUUUCAGAGGAACCAACAGAUGAACCCAGUAAAACCACAGUGCUGCUUCAUAGUCAAUGUCCUGACAAGAUAAAUACACAAAAGCUGCACCUAAUGAUAGAUCAUAGUAAUAAUUGGGUUACAGCUGUGGAAACCUUUAUUAAACUUUAGCAUCUUUACAGGGACACAUGAUGAUACAGAGGAAGAUCAUGAUUACAACAACGUGGAUCCAAAUGCAGCCACAGAGUCAUAAAGAAAAAUGGAUCAAAACAAGAACCACAAGUGUUCUGUUAAGAACAUGCUGAGACUGUGUACAGCAUUUAUAAAGUUACUGUUUUCAUCAGAGCAGUGUUAAAACAGGUGAUAAUAUAUAGUAUAAUACGACGUGACACAUGUAGAAGAUCCAGUAGUAGCUGAAAGUCUUCAAAAGAAACCAGCUUCACUAAAAACAGCCAAAGCUUCAGAACUCAGAUUUAGCUUUGUCUGUGGCUGCAACAACAAAUCCAUGUCAUCAUCAACAAUAAUGGGUGAAUAAAUAAUGGAUAACGGAUGUAGCAGCGGUAACAAACACUGUGCAUCCAUCCUGUGAAGACGCUUCAUUAAUGCUGCUGUGUAAAAAGUUACUUUCUUACUUCAUUUGUUCUGCAGCGACUUGCGAGCGUGAGACGGCUCCGCAAUCGCUACAUAGUCAUUAACGGCGUCACCAUAGAUCAAGUCAACAACCGCACAGACACUACAUGUAAAAGCAGCAAAUAACAGCAGCUUUAACACAUGAGGAUGUGUUUUUAGUGGUUGUGGCCCCAGAGCCAGAAGGAGCCGGGGGUCUCUGGUGUUUCCAUGGUAACAAAAUAAUGCUGGCUGAAGCCUCAGCUUUGUCAUUUCAUGUGUCAUUAUAUAAUGGAUGUUUGCUCUUAAUAUUGUUGAAGUGUGAUUCAUUGUGUUUAUUUCAGUAUAGUCUGAAACAUUAUUAUGUUCAGCACUUUAAUGUUAAAGUUCAUCACCUGGUGGAUGGAAGUUACUUUAGAUGCUUUUUGUUUCUUUGUUAUUUUUAGAUUUGGACUAUUGACAAACAUAUUUUAGAUUUACUGGAUAAUGUUACGUAUGUUAAUGAUGUUAAGAGUGGCUCUGUAAAUAAUCUACACACAAGCAGUGAAGUAAACACCAUAUAAAAUCUGAUAUGAUGCAGUUUUCAAACACAUUUUUAAUCUAUUGAUAUGAAUACUUUCUAUGUAAUUCUCCUCAUUGUGGUCGCUGAGUGACUGAGUGACUGGUUUGUGUUUCCUCACUCUGUUCAAACCAGAAAGCUCCACAACGUCUCCUGCCUCAGGACGUAUCAACGUUUACUAGUGACUCACUGAGCUUUUCUAUUUGUCAUUAUUAUUUACAAGUCGACCAUUUAAUCUCAAAUUAUAUGGAGACAAUCAGGAGGAAGAUGCCAAAGACGUCUUGUUCUCAUCCGGUGUUGUGAUAUUUGACCUUGGUUUCUCUUGCUUGGAUACUUUGUCUUUUUAUCUCUGUACAUUCUGUAUUGGCCUUUUAACCAUCAGCGGGUAGAAGCCAACAGUGGGUUUAUGGGUUAUUGUAUGAUUGUGAUGCAUGUUUUAUUUUGCUGUUAACGUUAUCACUGAGCGUGUAUCAGAACCAUCCCUGCUUUAGUCCUGCUUGAAAUGUGGCUCAUUUUCCACAUCCAAAUCUUCCAUUGAUGUGUGUCAUUAGUGAGGCCUGGUAGCUCAGUGGGCAUCGGCCGGGGAAAGGAAAGCUUCCUGGUUCCAGCCCUGCCUCUGACACUUCACACUAGCUCCCCAGGUGUGUGUGUGUGUGUGUGUGUGUGUGUGUGUGUGUGUGUGUGUGUGUGUGUGUGUGUGUGUGUGUGUGUGUGUGUGUGUGUGUGUGUGUGUGUGUGUGUCAGCCCACUGCUGGGUUAAAUGCAGAGGACACGUUUUAUUGUGUGACAAGUCAUGAAUAAAGUUUCAUUAUUGGGUCCACGUCUGUGUGUGAGAACCCUGGUUUUCUUAUCUUUUUCAGCUAGUUCUAUUCUAUUUUAUUUUAUUCUAGCAU